UCUGUGUGUUCACAAUUUAACAACAAUCAAUAUCUAUCUUACAACAAUUAAUUUAAAUCCAUCCUUCUGAUUGAUUCUGUUAUCAUCAGUCCAACACUUAAUAUGAAAACUUGAUAUAUAAUAACAGUGCUGUUUCAAGACAAAUUUAAUUGUCAUCAUUUAACCAACAAACUUGAUACAAUUUAAGUGUCAAAUCAACAAUUAACUUUUUUUUUUGUUUACAUUUUUGAUUUGCCUCCAAAAUCAUCAUAUAAACAUUAACAUUGUUAUUAAAUAGUUAUCCAAGUUUAAUUUACCUUUUUCAUCUGGAUUGUUGGAUCAGGUGGAAAUAUUGACAAUUGAUUGUUGAUUGUUGAUCCUUUUUGUUACAAUUAAAUUCGUGAAUGGAUAAAGCGAGUAGAGGCCAAUCAUCAUCUCGAUCCAAUUACGACAAUGACACAAGUUGGUUAAAUUCACAAUUAUCGGGACUUCGUGGUAGUGCUCAGGACGAAAGGUUCCAAUAUGUUUGGCGAAACUUAACUUCAUCAUCUUCAUCAAGUUCUCACUCUUACCAAGGUGGAUCAUCGUCUACAGGAGCAUCCACAUCAUCUUCAUCUUCAUCCUCAUCCUCAUCUUCAUCUUCAUCUUCAUCUUCGUCCUCUUCUUUUGUUUUUAAGGUUCCAAAAGGAUUAACCAUGACGGAGGAGGUUGAUAUCGCGAGUAUACCUUGUUGUCCUGAGAAUUUCGAGCCACUAUUUAAAUUGGGCCUUUGUUUUGAAGCGAAAAAACAAAUUGAAGAAAGUAUCAAAUGCUACCAGAAAUGUAUACGAAUCAAUGACGGCGAUCGGAGAUUGUGGCAGUGUUUGGGUCAAGCUUAUUUCGUCCGAGGAAGUUAUGUUAAUGCUAACAAAUGUUUCAUUCGAUCGAUACAAUUAAGAGUUAACCAUGGUGGUGAUGGAAAAAUGGCGGAAGAAAAUUACUAUGAAGAAAUUCGGAUUGGUGAAAUAAAGACACUUCUCAAUGAUCACGAAGAAGGUUCAACAAUCUAUAAAGAAGUGAUUAAACAAUCACCGGAUAACAUUUUGGCUUUUCUUGGUUUGGCUCGAGUUAAAUUAAUCAUGGCAUGUGAUUUAUUUGAUAAAUCAGAUAAAUCAGAGGCUUUAAUUACCUGUGAUGAGGUUUUCUCACUAACAAGUAAAGUCAUCUCUCUACAGCCAAAGUUAAUUCAACCACUGAACAUUAUUGUUAAUUGUUGCCUUUCGAUUUAUUCACAUUUAAAUCAAGAUGAAGAGGUAACUUUAUCCGGAAAGAAAUAUACUCGCCUUGGGGUGUUAAAUAUUUCCAAAAAUCAUACAAUGAAAGCUUUAUCUUUGAAAGAAUUACCUUAUUUAUGGUAUCAUUUGUUUAUAAUUUACUCACUUUUAUUCAGUGAAACAUCAGAUGAAAUUGAUUUGAAAAAAUCAAUUCUUUGUUUGGAAAAAUGUAAACAAAUGAAAAAUUAGUUUUACUAAAUUGAGUUAACUUAAUGUAAUUAAAGUGAAAAGAUUUACACUUUUGUUUAUAUGGUCAA